AUGAGAUUGUGGCUGGUGGCACUUCAUAUAGUGCUGGUUGGGACAAAUUUAUGGGUAACUGCACACUUUCAAGAAGAUCUUCCAGAAGACAAUGAAUUUGCAGAAUUUGAGGAUUUUGAAGAAGAGCCUAGUGUUCCGGUACAGCCUGUCGAUGUUCCAGAACAAUUUGAAGAAGCAGAUAUAACUCAGGGGUUUGAAGAAGACGACGUUUUAGUCGAGGAUGGAGAUAGUGAAUUUGAUCAUUUUCAAGAUGAAGAAGAGUUCGAAGGUCUGGAUGCAACAGGUGCAAGCCCUGGCUCAAAACCUGAUGAACCAUCCACUUUAACAAUUACAAAAGUUCCAUUGCAUUUACGAGCAAGAUGGGACAGUUUCUAUCUGGAAAUACUAAUGGUUGCUGGACUUUUGGUUUACUUUAUAAACUAUAUAGCUGGUAGAUCUAAAAACUGUCGUCUUGCUGAGUCAUGGUUAGCUAAUUACAAGCAACUGCUCCUAGAUAACUUUUCACUGGUUGGAGACAAUGGGAAGAAUAGCGAAGAAACUACAGAAAGUGAUUUGUUUAAGGAGAGUGAAUCCCAGUACAGUCUCUACUGUUCUGGCAGAGUAGGAUGUGAUUCACUGUUAAUAGAACUAAAAUUAAUCAAGAGACAAGAUCUAGUAGCAGUUUUGGCGCAAUUAAUUAGGCCACAAAAUGAUCAAGCCCAUUUAAGAAUCGAAUUGGCAAAGGAUGAGGCGGAAAACUUUGUUCUGGCUAUAGCAGCGAAGAGAACAGCCAUGCAUUUAGCAAGAGAUAUGGCAGACAUUAGUGUAUAUUGUCCAGAAAAAAGACCUGGAGAAAAGUUUGGUUUACCAGCAGGAUUCCAAAUUAUGUCAGAAAUUGCAGAAGCUGCCUCAGCUAUUCUGGACACAAGAGUUCUUCAAGCCUUCAACAAAUAUGCUCCAUACAUUGACUACAUCCACAUCAGUGAUCAAUACAGUGGGCCCAAACAACAAGAAGAUGCAACACAAUUGACCAUGCCUGAGGUCAAGAAAGUUCUUUUAGUAGGUCUUAACAUAAGUAUCAAAGGGCGUAUGCCUAAUGCUGAAACACAAGAACAAAUGAGACCUUUGCUCCAAUUGACAUUCUAUCUUAUAGACAAAUUGCGUCGUUUUAAGCUUUCUAAGGAGGGGAAAAAUAAGGCUGAAAAAAAUCGUUUACGUGUAGAGGAGGCUUUUCUAAAAACGACUCAUGCUGCACGGGCUGAGGCUGCAGCACAAAGACGAGAGGAGCGUCGUAGAGCCGAAAAAGACCGCAUCCUGCAAGAAGAGGAUCCAGACAAACAAAGAAAAUGGGAAGAGAAGGAACAACGUAGACUGGCAAAGAAACGAGCACCUAGAAUGAAACAACUUAAGGUCAAAGCUUUGUGACCCAACAAAAAUGAUAGUCAGUUUAUGAAUUCUAGAGAGCCGUAAGUUUUCUUUAUUUUUUUUUGUUGUUCUCUUUAACCCAAACACACAGUAUGAAGAAGAAUGGGUUUAGUAGCGAUCUCUUCUACGGAAACAUUUUGGAAAAGUUUAAUGUACCUUUGAUGGUACCUGGAUAGGGACAUGAGUAAGUCAUUUAAGCCUGAUAAGUAACUUACGAAGUAAUUUGACGUAUGGAGCAAAUAAUUUCUUGCUCAUACUCAAAAUAGUGAUUUUCACGUUGUUGUCAAUUUAUAUGUAACUACCAUUACAGUAUACUACUGCCAAUUUAUGAUUUUAUCGUCAUCCGAGUGUCAAGAUCUUUGACAUGAUUUUUUCAUACGAUUGUGAUAUGAGAAUUAAAAAAAAUACUAGAAGCAUAUUUAAACUGCGGAACCAUUACGUUCUUAUUAUUAUGAAAAUACAAGGAGAUGGCCCUGUUAAUAAAAAACUAGUAGAAUAGAAGCAUUUAUUGGUAUUUAAAAGAACAAUCCAUUGCAUCUAUCAUUGAAUUCUCAACUAUUACAGUUGCCAAGGCAAAUAAAAACAUUGUUAUCUUUUUGAUACUAAUUAAACGUUCUUAUCUAUCUGUAACUCUUGUAGGAACAUUGAUUUUUCUGCAGGAGUAUGGUCGUCAUUAAUAUAUUUAAAGUCUUUUUUCCAAUUAAAUCGACAAGUACCCCACCUGAUACAACUUACUAUCUUAAAAGGAAUUUGAAUUUUCUAGAACCUUCUCUGCGUGCAUAUACAUUUGUAACAGUAAUGUGCAUGUAUAAUUUAUUGUAAAUAACAAUAAAUACUCUUACUCUGUAAA